AGACGCAGCGAGAGAGUUGCCGUUGGCAUGGACAACACGUGCAUUUUCGUUUUACUUUGCUUUUGUCUGCUGCGAGUCGAGAUUGUGAAACUGCGUCGAAGACUCACACCGCUACUGGGGAGAGUGUGAAAGUUGUCAGGGAAAGGGAAAAAAACGAGACUUCAGCACGCGUAUAGGAUUGUCGCACGGCUGCCUCGUUUCGUAGAGUGAGACGACUUGCUACGAGCGUUGGGCAGAUAAUAUAUUCAGCGACAUCAUGCUGAAGCUUUGCAUUCUGGUGCUGGCAACUGUCAGCUAUGUUUCGUCGGCGGGCGUCGGUGAUGCAAAUACAUUCGUGGACACCAUUUUCCGGGAAAAGAUGCCCUUCCUCGUGAAAGGGUCGCCACGGCUUUUCCCCUUCGCGACCAUCGCAGACUUCAAGUUCAAGGUGUACAAGAACCAGAUCACAAACCGUGACCUCAAGGUGAACAUGACGCGAGGCGAGAUCCGGGGACUCGACAAUGCUCUGCAGCGGCUGGGAGACUGCCAGGCGCCUUUUCUCCGUGACGGACAGACCGUCGUCGUCUGCAACCUUGCUGUGCAGGGACUUAACAUUACAUUCACUUCCCUGGCAAAAGGAGACACCCUAAUCGCCAUUUGGAAGACCAUCUGGGUCAACGUGGGUGUGAGGGACACCAUGGCACAGUUCGAAGCCAGCGCUCCAAUUAAUCAGGGCGGCACUCUCCGCACUUUUCUCUUGGAGGACAUCAAGCUUGAUGUCACGUACGACAGCGACUUGAGCCUCAACGAGGGUCGCCGCGAGAAGUUCAAGGAAGAAAUCAUAGUCAGAGUCAAGGAUGAGUUGAGGCACAUCUUCUACAACGACUACAAGGACCUGCUGCGCCGCGCUGUUGAGUCGGUCACGUUCCCCAGGAUCUAACCUGACCGUGAAUGUGAUGUGAGAGAUCGCUACAGAGACCGAAGUGACCUCAAUUCCCGCAUGCAACAUAGUAAUGCCCCACGACCUCCUCUGCUAAGUGUACAGCCCAUUUUUUGCGACAAUCCCUGUACUGUCAUUUGUACCUAUCACUAUACAGCUAAUUAAAAAAGAAAUGAUGGACAUUC